UAAACAGAACCGAGAAUCAUUGUAGCGGAGGCUUUAAUCACGGGGCGCGUUUACAAUGUUGAUCCUGCUCCGAAAGCAGGAACCAAUCGCGUUCGUUCGCCUAUCGUCGCACGACCGCGUUCUCGCCGAACGAACAUCACGAGAGCCGCAGUCGAUGCUGCUCUCAGUACUGUCUGUUGAAAUUCGAUUGAGGUUGCGAUCGCGACCAGGUGGAACUCAUAUUUAUUACCGUCUUUGACCGUUUACCAGAAGUAAUUGCAAAACACCGUAGAAAUGAAGGCGCUGCUGGACCCGAUAUAUGUAGAGGUACCGCGUGACACUUAUUUCACCGGGAGAAUCGCGCGCGUAGCUCAAGGCGGACCGUUUGACACAACCGGCGAACAAGUUGUAUUAAAAGUCGUCGUCGGCGGCCGCACAACCGCCUGAAAACAUUUCUCCUACGUCCCUUUACCCGAUUCCUCGCGGGGCAUCGCUCGCCCCGGCGGUACCGCGGAGAUACGACGAACCGCAGUCCCGCACGAGUGACACGUUGAUCUUUGAGAUAUUUAUAAAAGAGAACAAUUAGAUUACCAUACACGUUGGCGCGUCAAUUCGCUCGACAUCUCCCUUCGACUCCGAUUCCGAGAGAUUCUCGAGCGGCGAGACGAACCACCGAGCGAAUCUCUCGCGUCCAAGCUCUUUGCGCUCUAAAGUGGCUCUCUGAUACGAGACGAACAACUGAACAACUUUCGAGAGCUUUUCCCCACGCGACAUUUGUUUUCUUAAUACAAGAAUCGAGUGUAUUUCUUUUUAACAUUACCACGUUUAUUCGCAUGGCGUCUCUAAAUUUACAAAAUCGCGUUCAAGCAGUUGUUUCUCGCUGUCUUAUCGAGCGAAUUUUAUCUAAUGUAUGUUCAAAAAGCACUUAGACGCGCGUAUACGCUAUAAAAUCUUUAGAGAAACAAAACUACGUCCAGCGCGUGUGACUUCGAACAUUCGUUUGUUAGCUUCGAAUUCGUGAGCUGCUGGUUGAAUGCAGUCUCGUAAAACGCCAGCACAGAGCAACUGCACUGUGCGUUCUCUGUGUCUCGCGAUACCGCAGGCUCGUUUUCUAUCGCUGCGCUGGUCAACUAGUGCGAUAAAUCGGAGUAAGAUAAGUAAUUGUUUUCACUCCAGUCAGUUUUGCGUUGGUUCACCAGUGCAGCAGCAGAAGGCUGGUCUUAUAUUACAUUGUAUCGUCGUGAUUUCAUAUUCACCGUCGCUCUCGUGCUUUCAGGAAUUUCUCUUCAAACAGUCAAACACGUAUCAGGUGUUUGACUUGAAGACGCCCGCAUAUAUACCCGCCGCCUGCAGUCUUCUCGCGGCCGACAAGAAGCGAGGGCUGCUUUACGUGGGACACGACGAUAAAGUUACCGUGUUAAAGCCGGCGGACGAGAGCAAUGCGGAGUGGCAGAUAGAACUCCAGUUACCAGGCGUUAUAUCAAAGAUUGCAAUUAAUUGUGAUUAUAAUUAUAUCGCUAUAGGCAUAGCAUUGAAGCCCACAGUAUUGAUAUACGAUGCCCAUUCACUAGCUAGAAAUAGUCUCAACCUGUUGGUUGAAAUAACACCGACGAACAAGCUAGACAGCUACAUAACGGACAUACGAUGGAACCCCACCGUACCGUCGAUGUUCUGCAUCGUCACCAGCGACUGCACCAUUGGUAGCUUCCUGUUGAAGGUGGAGGAGGAGAAUUUUGUACCGAAAGUGUCGGUGAUAUCCAAGGUGUCGAGCGAGCCGCAGGCUCUGUGCGCGGCCUGGAGCCCCAAGGGCAAGCAGAUAGCGGUGGGUUGCAAGAACGGCGACAUUGUGCAACUGAAGCCGGACACCCUGAAGGUCGCCAGAGCUAUCGCGGGUCCCUCGCCGUCCAUCGGGGAGGUCAUCAGCAUCCUGUGGCUCAGCAACUAUCAGUUUUGCGCCGCGUAUCUGAACGGCGAGCGGUACGUCAACGUUCUCAUCGUUGACGCGCCGAAAGGUGAGGCGAGCGCGAUCUUCACGUGCUACGGGGACAUCAUGUACAGCUUCCCCGAGGGGGAGGACAGCGUACCGCGGUAUUACUUGGAGCACGUCCCGGAAUGGGGACUCAUCAUAGCGGGUAGCAGCACCAGCAGCGAGAUAGCCAUGCUGGGCACUGCGGACGGUGGCGCCAAUUGGAAUCAGUGGCAGCUGGUCGACAGCGGCAGGGCCCAGUUGCCGUUGAUGAGAACCACGGAGAUUUAUCCGCUGGGCCUGGCCGUGGACAAGUCGCCGACCGGCGUGCUGCCGUGGGGCACGGACUCGACGUUGCCGCAUCCGGUCCCCAUUUUGCACAUCCUCGGCACGUCCGGGAAAUUGUGCAGCUUUCACAUGGUCAAUCUUGCGCCCAACUGCCCCGCCAUCAAUGUUCCUCCCACCGAGAUCGUCGCGCCGCCGGCACCGUCGCAGCCCCACGCCGUCGCGCCCGCGGAAAUGUCGUUCAGCAUAAACGCCGCGGUGACCAGCACGCCGCGCUCGAAGCCACCGGAAAUGGCGCCGGAACGCUCGAAACCCGCUCCGAUGAACAUAUUUGGCGACUCUCUGAAAACAGCGGGAUUCUUUCAGCCGCCUGUGGAACAAGCGGCCGAGCAGCCGAAGCCGCAGGAGGAAAAGGCUGUGCCGCAGACAGUUGCGAAACCAAUCGCGCCUAAAGAAGCACCAGUGCCGGAGCCCACAAAGACGACGGAGAUCAAGGCAGUUGCGGACAAGGAAGCGAGCUCGCCGCAAGCGACGGAACAGAAAGCCUCCAUAGACGAUAGCAUACGGAUGCGAGCUUACGUGCAGGAGCAGGCGUUGUUCGAGAAAGAGCUGCGAACUAGAUUGGAGCCGCAGGUGUGGGAGUGCGGCACGGACGCGGAAAAGAAGCAGCUCGGGGAGACGUCCGUCUUCAUAGAACAGUUCCUGCGAGAGCUGAAGGAGACGACAAACAGCCUGUCCAGCGACAUAACGUACCUGAAAGCCCUGUUGCUCCAGUCGUUCGCGUGGGUCGAGGAGACCAAGUCGAAGAACGCGGCCAGCGUCGACAUCACCGCCAGAAACUGCAACGAGAACAGCAAGAUAGCAGAUCUGCAGCGCUGGUACUACUACAUACAUACGCAGCUGAAUCAGGUCAACAAGAUCUUGGACCUGGAGUGGUCGGAGCACAAGGCGCAGGCGAAGUCGAGGAUGAAGAUCCCCAGCUUGGAGUACGUUUACCAGAAUCUCGUCACCCACAACAAGAUCAUCGCGAAGGAGAAGGAGAAGCUCGAACAGGUCUCGCGACGGUGGAAGUCGCUCAAUCGCUCGAUGGCGGCCGACGGCGUGUCAAAUCUCAAUCGCUCGAUGGCGAGUCUGCACGUGAGCUUGCCGAGAUCGUCGGCAUCGGUGAUCAGCUACAAGACCGACGUCAUAGACACCCGCUGCAAGGCCAUCGCAAUGAGGACUCUGAGUUUCACGCACGAGAAGCAGCUCAGGCUGAGCGCGUUGCUCACCGAGUCGUCCCCGAGGAUCAUCAAGCCGGUCAAUCCGUCGCCGGUUCAGGAUCGUCUCAAAGCCACACUGUCCUCCUUGGCGUCUCUCAGUCCUGUCGUCAGUGAGGCUAGGACCAAACCCGAGCCGCCGAUUGUUAAGCAAAGCGUCGCCGUUAAGCAGCCGGUAGAUAAGCAGGCCAAGUCGCAGAGUCCGCUCGCCUCGUUGAACAGUAUCGUCGCGAGGAUCGGCACGCCCGACACGAACGGCGUCGUCCAGGCGCAGACCAAGGUCCAGCAGAAGCCGCUCCCGACGGCGGUGUCGUUCUCCGGUGCGAUCUCCACCAAGCAAACGGACAAGAAGCCCGCGGCGCCGGCGGUCCUCGCGGCGUCGCAGUCCAAGCCGAAGCAGGAGCUCAAUGUCAACUUCCCGACGUCCAUCACGUUCGGAGCGCCGGCGCCGAAGACUCAAGAUACCCUCUUCUCGAAGUCUCUCGUCGCAGACAUGGCUGCCAGGAACAACAAGGACCCGGCGAGCGGCGACGGCGUCGUGAAGGCCCCGGAAUCCGCUCUGUUCUCCACCGGGCUGCUGAAGGACGUGCUGUCGACGGAUUAUCCGUUAGCGGAGACCGCUCGCAUGGGGAUAGCGCGCAACCUCUUGCCGCUCUCCGCGGCGCCGGCCGCCGCGAAAACGGACGCCGCGGCCACGUUCAGCUUCGCCACGGCCAACAUGCUGCCGCCGCCCGUCGCGAAGGGCUCGCCCUCCGCGCUCGACAUGAUGUCCUUCGCUUACUCCAAGUCCGCGCCCGCCGUAGAGCCCGCGAUGGCGAUUCAAGCGACGGGGAUGCAGACGCCGAUAGAACUGUCGGCCCUGUCCCUGGGAUCAGCCGGCGCGUUGACCCUCCAGUCGGCCGAUCACUUGAGCGCGGGCGCGAAGGCGAACGCGACCACGACCUCCAUGAGCUUCGCCACACCCGCGGCCGUUAUCGCGGCACAGGCUCCCGCGAUGACUGCCGCCGUCACGUCCGUCAUGACCAUCGGCGGGGUCACCAUCAGCGUCGUGGACGCGAACGCCGCUCAGAAGCCGAUGACGGAGGUGCCGUCCAGCAGCGCGGUCAUCGUCGAGAAGGUCAUCACCGCGCCCGAGAUGAAGGCGCCCAGCUUUGGUACCGCGAGCGCCCAGGCCGCGAUCUUGUUGGCGCCGUCGAUCUUCGGCGGCGGUCAGACCGUCGCGAAGAGCACGGCGACAACGCCAGAGGCGAUUGCACUGCCAGCUACCACGAGCACCUUCGGCGUGGUGUCCUUCCCGUCGAUUGCGCCUACCUUCGGGACGACGACCACCGCGUCGGUGUUCGGCGGAUUCGCCAACGCGCCAGCCGGCGUCGCCGCCACCAGCCCUUCGGCGGUGCCCGCGAGCACCGCGCCCGUGUCACCCUUCCAGGCCUCCCUGAGCAAGCCGACGUUCAGCGAGACCGCCGCCACCGCCACCAGCGCGCCGGCCACGAGCUUCGGCACCGGCAACGCCGUCCCCGCGAGCACCAUCUCGUUCGGCCUGCCCGCGGCGACCUCGAUCACGCCGGCGUUCGACAAGAGCCCGAUAGUGUCCCCGGCGUCGAACGCGCAUUUCCCGACCGUGCAGACGCCCGCGUCGACGGCGAACAUCUUCGGCAAGCCGAUCAUCAGUCCCGCGUCGACGCCGUUCGGCGGCACGUCGAGCUCGGUGUUCUCCAACGCGCCCGCCUCCACCUCCUCCAACACCUCUGUAUUCGGCGGCAACAGCAUCUUCGGCUCGACCGCCCCGAGUGGGAAUAUCUUCGGGGGUAACACGGGAUUCGGUGCGGCCUCGACGGGAUCUAUAUUCGACACCGGCGCCCCGAAGCCCGGUAUCGUGUUCGGCGGAGCGACAAGCGCACCCGCGUCCCCGUUCGGUGGCGCGACGGCCAACGCGUCGUCGCCGGCGGCAGUCAGCGGUUCCCCCGCGGGCGCCAACGUCUUCAGGUCCACUGUGUCCAACGCGUCACCUAUACAGCAGCCUGUGCUCAGCAGCCAGCCCACUUUUGGGCAAGCCCCUGCCUUCGGCGCCAAGCCGGUGUUCGGGUCGUCGCCCAUCUUCGGUGGAGCGAAGCCAGUUUUCGGAGGUGCUGGUUUUAGCUCGCCCCCGGCGUUCGAGUCUCCUCCCAUGGGAUUUGGAAGUCCACCUACUAUGCAACCUGGCUCUACGAUGGAAAAUAUGCCGAAAGUAUUUGGAGAAGUGACGGGUAGCAGUACGUUCGAAUCUUUAGCUAAUCAGUCGGGUGGUCUCAGUUUCGGUAGCUUAGCCCAGAAGAAUCCAGAACCAGAGAAGCCAACGUUCACUGCCGGCAGCUCGUUCUCCAGUUGGAGAUGAAUAGGACACAGUUGCGGCAGAUCUACCUUCAAAACUGUCACGUGUCUAGCAAAAUGUGAAAUUUCUAUUGAAUAAGGAAUUAUUUAACUACAAUUGUGUAUAUACCGUUUUACAUUCAGAAAGAUGUACUUUUUAUGAAAAACAAAUUACAUUCUACCUUGUACGUUGUAAUAAAUGAGAGAGCGGAUCUAGGUUUUACAAUAAAAUAUUUUUACUUAAA